AUGGCGACCAGCCCGCUGCCCGGCCCCACCGACAUCUUGUUGCCGUCGCCGUCCAGCGCGUACCCGCCGGACCCCAUGAACCAGCCGAGGGCCGGACACGCCACCAUGAAGCCCAACCAGGUGGGGCAGGUGAUCCUCUACGGUAUCCCCAUCGUCUCUCUGGUCAUCGACGGGCAGGAGCGAUUGUGCCUAGCGCAGAUCUCCAACACCCUCCUUAAAAACUUCAGCUACAACGAGAUCCACAACCGGCGGGUGGCUCUGGGCAUCACCUGCGUGCAGUGCACACCGGUGCAGCUGGAGAUCCUCCGGCGGGCCGGGGCAAUGCCCAUCUCCUCCCGCCGCUGCGGUAUGAUCACCAAACGAGAAGCAGAAAGGCUCUGCAAGUCCUUCUUGGGAGAGAACCGGCCUCCCAAACUGCCGGAUAACUUCGCCUUCGACGUGUCCCACGAGUGCGCCUGGGGCUGUCGCGGCAGCUUCAUCCCGGCCCGCUAUAACAGUUCUCGGGCCAAGUGUAUCAAGUGCAGCUACUGCAGCAUGUACUUCUCGCCCAACAAGUUCAUCUUCCACUCCCACCGCACUCCCGACGCGAAGUAUACUCAACCCGACGCCGCCAACUUCAACUCCUGGCGUCGUCACCUCAAGCUCACCGAUAAAAGUCCCCAGGACGAGCUGGUCUUCGCCUGGGAGGACGUCAAGGCCAUGUUCAACGGCGGCAGCCGCAAACGGGCCCUGCCGCCUGCUCCCCCCGCCCCCGCCGCAGCCGCCCCUGCCGCCUGCCACCCGCUAGGCUCGGUGAAGGCGGCGGCUGCUGUGGUAGGCGGCGGGUUGCUGAGUCCGCACCUUCUGGCCGCCCCGCCAGAGCUGCACCAGAAACGGCCGCGCUUUGAGGACGACGAGGAGCUGCAGGAGGCCGUGGCAGCAGCGGCAGCAGGGCACGGCGGCAAGAGCCCGCGGAGCUACCCGGUCAUCCCGGUGCCCAGCAAGGGCUCCUUCGGCGGCGUGCUCCAGAAGUUCCCCGGCUGCGGGGGGCUCUUCCCGCACCCCUACGGUUUCCCUGCCGCUGCCUUCGGCCUCUGCCACAAGAAGGAGGAAGGUGGCGGAGGGGCCGAUGCCCUCGGCGGUGCGGCGGCACACAAGGCUGGCGCAGGGACGGCGGCGGGAGGCGGCCUCUCAGGGCUCUUCUGGCCGGGCAGAAAGGACGCCGCCUUCUACCCGCCCUUCUGCAUGUUCUGGCCGCCCCGCACACCGGGCGGGCUGCCGGUACCCACCUACCUGCAGCCGCCCCCGCAGCCCCCCGGGGCCUUGGGCUGCUCGCUGGGCGACGGGGCGGGCCUACUGCGCCAGGCAUUCCUGGACCUCUCGGAGCCCGGCGGCGAAGGGAGUACCGCAGGCCUGGGCACGCCGCCCGCCGCCACUGCCCCCCCGCCCGCUCCCGCCGCUGCGGCCGCCGCCGCGGGCGCGCGGGACCCACUCUUCGAGUCGCCCCCUGGCGGCGCGGAGCCCGCCUCACCUGCCGCCUCUGAGGGCGGCAGCGGCGGGGGCGGGCGCGUUCCGCCGCACCACCCGCACCUGCUCGAAGCGGUGGCCGGCCGUAAGGCGAGCGGCGGGUACCACCACUCCAGCGCCUUCCGACCGGUGGGCGGUAAAGAGGACUCGGAGAGCUUGGCCAAGCUGCACGGCGGGGGUCCGCCCCGCUCCGCCUCGCCGCCGCCCCUGCAGCUGCUACUGCCACCGCCACCACCGCCUGAGGACGCGGGAUGCGAGCGGCACCCACUCCCUCCGCCGCCGCCGCAUCCUCCGCACCGCCUCCUCUCGCCCGGCGGUACCAGCUGCAGCUUCGCCAGCGAGGACAGCAGCGAGGAGGACGACGAGGACGACGAGGAGGAGGACGAGCCCGAAGUGGACGUUGAGGGGCACAAGGCCCCCGAGGAGGAGGAGGACGAGGAGGAGGGCGAGGAAGAGUCCCGUGGCGGAGAUUCCUUGGCGGCCGGCGGCCGCUUUCCGCCCACCCGUGGUCUGGCGGAGAAGAGCGGCCGGGACCGCUCAGCCACCGGCCCCUUCCCCCGGCCGGUCGCUGAGGAGAAGCCGGCGGAAGGGCAGGCCCCGCCGGGGCCGCCUCCCGGGGCUUCCCGGGCAGGCGGCAGCGGCGGCAGCAGCCCAGCGCACCACCCAUGUCUGGAGGAGCAGAUCCAGUACAAAGAUAAUCAGAAGAGCAAGGAGAGUAAUCAGGUCAUCUUGCCUACAAAAGAGGACACCUUCUCAGAUAAGAACAAGGAGCAUAAUUUUUUCAUCACAGAUUCAGAGCCUUCAGGAGGAGACUUCUGGAGAGAUUUAGCAGGUGAACACACACAAGAAACCAAUUCACCUCAUUCUCUGAAGAAGGAUGUAGAAAACAUGGGAAAAGAAGAACUCCAGAAGGUUUUGUUUGAACAGAUCGACUUACGGAGAAGACUAGAACAGGAAUUCCAGGUGUUGAAAGGAAAUGCAUCCUUCCCAGUCUUCAAUAAUUUUCAAGAUCAGAUGAAGCGGGAACUGGCAUACAGAGAAGAAAUGGUACAGCAGCUACAAAUUAUUCCCUAUGCAGCAAGCUUGAUCAGGAAAGAAAAGCUUGGUGCACACCUCAGCAAAAGCUAA